GUUUCCACAGAAACCCUGUCGAUCACAGCACGCGCCUCCCACCCAAGAAAGUAUCUUAUUGCACACAUUGCUUUCAAUCCGGCCACAUUCCGGAUGUCCUGACCGAACAGGCUAGAAAGCAAAGAGACAACGUCGAAAGACAUAAGGCGUGCUAUCGGAAGAACACAAAAAUGGCGUUUCUAAUCAAUCGUGUUACCCCAGAGCCAGUGCCACCCUCAGCAGACGAAGAGGGAACCGAGUUAUCAGACUCGCUUGGCUCCAUGAAAGAAAAGGGUUGUCUAAUCAAUAACAAUGAGAAGGAUUCUUCUGAGACAACUGAUCAUGGUGGUGCUAAUGAAUGUCAAGAGGGCCUUGACGGCCUUCCCGAAACCGAUGUAAUAAAAAAUGGUACGAAUAGGUUACAAAAUGAAAGGAGAAGCUGUUCACCUCAUUCUAAAAGACUUGACUUAUGGAAUCUGGAGGAAAAUUUGUCGUCACGGCGAUCUUCCGCCUGCGAUCGCGUUCUUUUGUUGACUAUGUGUCUCAUGUCGGCAGCCGCACUGAUGCUCACCUUGUUGAUGAUGUUUGGAGUGGUUGGACCAAUGCAAUGUUCCUGCUCUGGGAAAACAGGUAAUAUUUCUUACCAUGUUCAUUCAUAUUAUGGUUAUUUUUUUUUGUAAUCAUUAUCAUAAUUUUCAGUCAUGAUUUAAAAUCGAAUCGGUGGGGAAAUAUUCCAGAAUUUCCGGCCAGUUUUCGUACUCUUUAUAUCACAGACCGCGUAGGUUUCGAUGCUUGAAAUUUAUAGAUAUCUUUGCUAAAAGGCAAACGAUACAUAGAUCAUCGGCCGUUGCGUGCUCAAAAAUGUCCUCUCUUACUUGUGGGAAUAGAUUAGUUGAUGCCGCAGCUAACGAUUUUGAAAUUGCUUUAUUAGGUAUUGAAUCUUAUUGUUGUUUGGACAUGACACACGUUAAAGACAACACCGUUAAUGAAUUUGCUCACGCAAGAAAAAUAACCCAUUUGGUUUGCCCAACAUUGUUCAUAGUCCAACUAAAUCUUGUUUUGACGUAUUUCCGGUGUUUGAAACGUUCACUACGCAGAUGCUUAUGGGCUUUGGGUGAAGUUGAAUUCAAAGAAUACCGUCACUUGCGGAGGACAUUUCUUUAUAAAAAUUCUGACAGCUAUUUUUAGACUAAAGUAAAAAAUGGAGAACUUUCUGAACAACAGCAUAAGAACAUCGAAUUGAAGAAACCCUUAUCAGAGGUUUUUUAAGCGAGUAUAAGUUCAAUCCAAGUGAUGUCGUAUGUUAAAAAACAAAAAAACAAAAAAACGAUGGAAAACAGAGCUUGAAAAUUUGUUGACCCUUUUGUCCUCGUCAGAUCAUUAAAGGAUUUGUCGAGAAACGUUAUAUGAUUUAGCUAUAGAUUAAAGAUGUCAGAGAAUGAAAUGUUCUGAGAGAAAAGAAAAAAAACAAAGCAAAACCUUUCGUACACUCGGAAAGAGGCAAUUGGAAGAACAGAAAGAAAGUGAUAGGGUUUCGAUCAUUGGGACACGGGAUUGCGUGAUUACAUGGCUUAGGAGUAAUCAAACACUUUAGGUCAAUCAAAUACAGACUGAGCACUUUAUUUGUAUUUCAAAUUUCGAUGGUAUCAACUGUGUCUGAACAUCUGAUAACACCAUCAUCCACUUUUUCUUUCGUAAGUUUUACGAAAAGUUGUCGUCAGUAAACACCAUUACCGUAACUUAUAAGCAAUCAUCUCCGCGGCCAUUUGGAGCGUAAACAAAAUAGCUUUCCAUACAUUCCAUGAAUAUCUCAUUUCCACAGCAACUGAAGACGACGAUAAUUACAAAGUCUGCGUCUUUUCUUCGUUUUUCUCUUUCUUAUUAACAAUGAAUUGUAUAGACUCAGGAUACUUGUGCAAGCGUUAUUACAGUUCCACAAACAACCUCAAACUAGUUUUUGUAAAGAAAAACAAUUAGGGGGCAUUUCAAAUUUUAAGUCAAUUAUAUUUCAUAAAAUGAAACAUUGACAAAAAAUGUAGCAAUUUAAAUAUGGAAUAGCUGUCGAAACAAGAGCUCUAUCCAAUCGAGUUUCCCAGAAGGCUUUUUUAUAAGAUUUGCAAAGACGUAUUUUUAUGAAGGUAUUAACCCCGGAGCUGCCUACUUAAAAGCUAUUGAGCAAUAUCCAAAAUGAUAUGUUCUUCUAGUAUAUUUGCGUUACCCACGAAUGAUUCAAGUGUCGUUCUGUCAUCUUAUUUCAAGGAUGGCGUGAAUAUAAGGUCAAAAGGAUCGUGAAUGCUUUAAUUUCUGACUUUCAAAGAAUCACCACUCCAACGAACAAUAUCACGUUUUGAAAAUUUAGCGAAAGGCCUUACGACCUCAGUAUCUACACUUUUGCAUUAAAUAAUGUUCUAGAUUUUACAUGUUUGACGCUUGGGUAAAGUUAGCGAUAUCCAUGUCAAAAACGACGGCUAGAGCUUUGAAAUAUCACACAAGGAAAACAAAGGGUUAUGACUUAAGGUUUGCGCCUGUUAAAUCCAUUCUAGCUUAAUCUCUCCCGGCCCGUCUUUAAAGUGGACAAAGACUUCAUUACGCUGAGAAAUGUUAUCUUAACAAAAAAUGUGUAAUGUGGGAAAAAAAAAAAAAAAAAAGAAAAAAAGAACGCUUGGAGGGGGAGAAGCAGAAAUGUCAGCAACGGCAAAGCAGAGAGGGGGCCAGCUCUCAGCCUGGCUCACAUCCGGCAAUCCCGUUUCCGCAUGAUGUAGACAUACUGUUUCGAGCGAGGAUCAACCAUCUUCGCUUUCACAUCACCCCGUAAGGAGAGCCUCACCAUCAUCGUUCCUAUCUGAACGUAGUAUAUAAUUAGUGCUAACAGAAAGUUUAAUUUGGACAUUGCCGCUUUGGAUUAGCGAAAUAGAUUAGUCUACGCGGGGCGAUUUAUUCACUUCGAGUUGUCGAUAUCCUUUACAGUAUCCAUUUACAAACAGGCCUGGAUCAUAAAAAAAAGCUAACAUGAGGGUUCUAUCAGUCAAAAUAUCUCCGAAUGUGUUCUUACGUUAAAACCCUGCCUCAGCUUAUUAUAUAUUGUCAUCAAUUGUCACUUUGACUGAAAUAGCAACAUACUUCGAAAGUGAUAGAAAAUGUGCUGAUUAACCGGCCAAAACGUGUCCGUGCACAUUCCACAAUCGAUCAGCUUCAAUUACUCUAGUUUCUUUUAAUUGUAUGCCUCAAAAAUUAACUGAAUGCAGCAUUUAAUUAAUAGUCCAAGAGAUUUUUUUCAUGAGAUUUUUCGAAGGCUAAUGAUUCUUUUUUUUUUUUUUUUUUUUUUUUUGAAAAUUGUGUUACACCAUUUAAUUCAAAAAUUAGAGUAUAGAAAAUGAGCAAUUUUCCUCUAUUUUGAUUUCAUUUGAGGUUACCGCGAGGUAGGAAAUUCCUCUUGUAGAUAAUAAAUUAGCCCUCUGAGGUCAUCCCUAAUCAGUGUUAAUAAAAUUAAUGUUAAUGUGAGCAAUAAAAAAGCGAAUCCAGUUCCUAUCUUUAUUCUUUGUUUGUUACUGUCCUAUUACAUCUCUUUCUUUAAUUUGGCUGAAUAGUGGUUUACGGUUUCUUAGGAUAUGAGGAAGAAUAUCGUAUUUAUUUAGCUUCGCUUAACUAACGAAUAAUCUAUCUUUGAAAUAUAAUGUGCGUUCUUCAAAAGGGUAUCUUAAUGAUGUGAGCCACUUAGCACCAAGUUAGCGUCAUGUAGUACGCAAAGGCCGAAGACAUUGUAAAUAAUGCAAACGUUCCGAGUCAUUGAAUUGUAAAUAGUAAUCGAAGGCUCCUUAGAGCAAAAUUAUUCAUUUAUUUCAUCUUUUUCCAAUAUCUAGAAGCGUUUCUCGGGGCACUAAUAUGCGUAGAUAAUUAAUUAUUAAACAGAAUUCUGUUUUUGUCAAAUUCGAAGGAACGUAAAAUGCUGCAAGCCAUAAUCGACUCUUUUCCAAGUCCAGAUCGUAGUGUUCUUUUACUUCUCUAUUUCGACGUAAUUUCUCGUAAAUGUAAAGCUGUUAAAAAAGUCAUACAAUGUACCUUCUUCCUUACGAAUGAUGAACUAACUUGGAAAAAUAUUUACCUAUAACAAGCAGGAAAGAAGGCCUUACUUACCAUAUUUUUGAUAGUUGAACAGCUAUUACUCUUGACAGUGACCGUUUGUACUAGUUCAAGAAUAGUAUGUCUUAUUUCUCCCUCUUUUAUUCGAAAAAUAUUUGAUGAAUGGUUUCAAAAUCUGCUUAUCGAAAGAUUUCACUAAGGGAUGUAUAAUGCUUCAACAUGUGUUUAUUGAUUCAUCUUUUAUCUACUUAUCCAUCUGUUCAUCUUUUCAUUUGAAAUUCUUAACUAUUUUUGUUCACAUUUUUUAUGUUUUUCUUAUUGUCUCCCCUUUUCUAGAAACGUCAGAACUUCAAAAGAAUAUGCAAGAGUUGGAGAGGAACCUCUCUGCAUUAAGAGAUUACUCGGUAGGAGUAAUUCUUAAUCAAUAGCAGUGGUCAGUUAAAAGCAAAAGUGCACUGACGUGAAAUACAUGGGUACAUGUAUGUACAUAAGACUAAAGGCCCCAAAAGGACUUUUAACUCCCUGAUUGUUAGUAAUGGUACAGAAAUAUACAUAUUAUAAAAAGAGCUUUAUAAUUCCCUGGAGCGCAGGCUAGAGGCAUCGUUUUUGUGUUAACAACACUGCACUUCUUCUGCUUCGACUUCUUCAAUGUGAUGAUCUAAAUUUUAUUUCUAAUCCGAGACUGUUGUGUGCCUGGGGGAGCCUGAUAAACAGUGCUAUAGGUUAUUUUAAGUGUCAUUAUCACAGACAUUAUCAGUGUUCUCCUAAUUUUUUGAACCACCUUUGAAAGAAUAGCAGGUGCGAACCUUAUCAUGCAAAUUGCACACCUAUAUAGCCAUCAUCAUCGUUAGAUCACUAUGAAUAAGAAAUGAGAAGAGAGUAUUAUUCUACAAAGAAACUUGAGCAGGAAUAUUGAUUUGCAUUCUUUCUUAUUGUUAUAGGUUUCAGGGGAUGUAGAAGAACUGAAGAAAAACGUAAGUUUGCCAUUCAUUCACCUCCACCCCCUUUAAUAAUCGCAAUGAUCAUCUUAAUGUUAAUAAUCACAAAAAUGAUAAUGAUUGUAAAUCAUCAAUAACAAUAAACCAUUCAUCAAAAAAAUGAUAUAAUGUUGAGUAGUUUCUUUUCUUUUCUUCCUUAUGUUAGGUCUCAGCAGAGUUGGAGGAGCUAACGAUAAAGGCAAGUUUAAAUUCAUCCAUUUCCAGUUCCAUCUAUAUUAGGAAAAAUUUCUAUUCGUGGACUUAGUUUAACAUGAGUUUCUUACCUUAUGGCAGAUGGAAACGGAAAUGGAAAACAUUAAAAAAGAGGUAAGUUUCAACAUAAACAUUACGAAUGUAUCGUUAUCUGAAUCUCUCACUGUUACAGUCCUUAUCAUCAUUAUGUUCAAAAGCAAAACAUGGACUUCUCUACUUAUUUCACUAACUUUAGUAGGCCCACUAAUUCUUUAACACAAUAAUUUGGCCCAUUUCAUUUUUUAGGGCAAAAACACAGAGCUAGAGGAUAUCCGUCUCACAGUACAGGAUGCUGCCCAAACAUUGACUGGUCUGAAUACAAGUGUAAAUGAGAGGUUUCUACAUUUUGAGCAAAGAAUUAUGCAACUGGAUCAAAAGGUACAUAUACUUGAAUUUGUUUUUGUGUGUCAUUGCGUACUGAAUUUCGAAUCAACCUCUGACUGACCUGAUCUGAGAUAUCUUGCAAUGCCAAGUCAUUUCCCUGAGCCGCACGAUAUCAUGGUCUCUUUGAAUUAAAGUUAAGCUAUCUAAUGCUCAUCACAAAGUUUGCGGUACACAUAUGCCUCUAAGCCUAACGCAAAAACAGAGACUGUUUUCCAUCGUGAGUAAAAAAGAGGAUUUUCGAAGAUUGUCAAACGUAUAACUCCUCACAGUUUGCAAGGUUCAGCGUUUGAUAUUUGGGAUACUCUUUUUUUUGUAUUUAAUGUCAAGCUUGGAAAUGUCACAAUCGCGAUUAGCUUCAACUCAGCCUAUUGUUCCAAAAGUUCCACGACGGACCGUAUGUACCGACUUAGGCGAGUAAUUGAUACUUUUAUGAAACAUUUCGACUGUUUACAUGGUCGUUACCUAAAGCUAAAACUUGUAAAAUGAUAUGCAUUUUGGUAUAGGCAUAGUUUUUCAUUUAUCACUUGUUUCACGCCUGUUUAUGGACUCAUUAUUUCCCCUUCGCAAGCUUCGUGAUAAGGCAACUGACACAUUAUUUCUAUCUUUUAAUAGUCAAGAAAAUAUCCGUAGUUCUCGCUAUGAGUAUUUUGGCUUGAUUGUGUCGGGCCAAAAUACGAAGAGCCUGUUUGAUGGGCCGAAGAGUACAAAAACAUAUGAUUGAGUUAUAGAACGAUCAAGUAUGAUUAACUUCCCAAGAGUUUUAAAAAUAUCUUGACCAUUGACUAGGGGUAUAGAUAUAUCAGUGAUAAGGGAUGGUGUGGUGUAAGCCUAUAGACCAUGAUGGGCAGUCAUGGUCAGUAUGGUUAGAUCGAUAAAUCUGUGGUGACCAUUCCUUACCAUAUUAGUCCAAGCUGUAAAAAGAUAAAACUCCGUAGUUCGCAGUUUAGUAACAAAUAAUCCAAUAUUUAGCAAAUAAGCAUGGUAAAGGUCUCCAAUGUAGAGCGUUUCUCACAACCAACUUAGGUCAAUGUUGUUUUCCAUCAAUGAAACUUUUCAUCUGUGAGCCUCCCGUUUUAGCAAUGCCACUGCCACUAUCACUGUCAUUUUCACUGUCAUUGUCUCUGUCACUGUUAUUUACACUGCCACUUUCACUAUCACUGUCAGUGUCGCUGCUACGGUCACUAUCGCUUUCACUUUCACUUUCACCUGUCACUGUCACUAUCAUUGUCACUGUCACCAUCAUUGUCACUGUCACUAUCACUAUCACUGUCACUGUCACUGUCACCGUCACUGUCACUGUCACUGUCACUGUCACUGUCACUGUCACUGUCACUGUCACUGUCACUGUCACUGUCACUGUCACUGUCACUGUCACUUUCAUUUUCAUUGUCAUUGACACUGUCACUGUCAUUCUCAUUGUAAUUGUGGCAGUUGGCAUUGUCAUUAUAAUUGUCAUCAUUUUCAUUGUUAUCAUUAUUGUAAUGGUUAUUGUAAAUAUCAUUGUUGUUGCUGUAUUUUAUUUAUUAUUGAGUAGGUGAAAAAUACUACUGGCAGCACGAGCGUCAGAGGACCACCUGGAGUCAACGGUACUAAUGGUGACAUUGGACCUGCCGGACCUGCCGGACCUGCCGGAUCUCCAGGAUAUAAUGGUACAAAGGGGGACAUUGGACUUGCCGGACCUGCUGGACCUGCCGGACCUCCCGGACCUCCCGGACCUCCGGGAUAUAAUGGUACUCAGGGCCCUGCAGGACCAUCUGGACUACCUGGUGUUCAGGGUCUUCGCGGACCAUCUGGGUUCAAUGGUACCCAGGGUUCACCUGGACCCGGGGCCAGUUCCUGCGUUUAUAAGAAUUUAUCUAGCCCUGGCAUGUCAGCAGCCUCGAUCGCCCGACAAGAAAUUACAGCGACGGAACAAAACGUAUGUUGAGUUGAAGAUUGCGAAAGUUGAUUCUGUUUGAUUCUGACAAAAAAAAUAAGUAUCUUAUUGAAAAUACUUUACGAAAUAUUAACACCUAUGACAAUAUUUACCGGUCCAAGGAGUUGUCCAAAUGUCCUAAAGCCUCCCUUAAAGUCAGAAAGUUGAGCCAUAGGCCGCAUCCAUUUUGAGAAUCAAAGCUAAUUUCCGCUCUUUUAAGUCUUAAAUCUCCAUCAUCAUGAAAACAAAAAAAAAUUAGAAAACCUUAAACAACUUGUUUCGAAAUACAGCACAAACUUGUUGAAAAAGUUCAUUUUGCUGCCAAAUGUAAGAUAAUUUUUUUUUUAUUCAUUUAUUUAUUUUGACAAUUUCAUACCUUUCAGUGUAUUUAGAGUUAUUUCUUUAAUCCCACACGGAGCAAUGAUAUUCUCGGUCUGUCAUGGAACAAAAAACGUUUGCAAAUAUCAGUUUUACAAAAAAUUCGCUUGGCCCGGUUUCAUGACUCUGUAUCUUGCCCUAUGAGUGACAACGAAAAUCGAUUUUACACGAAUGACCUGCCCGCCGAGGGAACCAGUAAUCCAGCGUACAUGGCCAGUAUUAGAAAAUACGUGGAUUUUUCUCUUCUUACGUUCCUAGACGUAUAGGUUGUAUUUGUGAUAUCCGAUUUCAGCAUGGAGAACUCACAGUAAGAAUUGCCCAGAUUGUAGACGUCGGCUUUCGCGACGUCGUGUGUACACCCCCAUCGAAAAGGAAAGAGAUGUUUUGCUCAUUUCGAACUCUUGACGUAGUUUUUCAUUAUCAUCAGUAUUAUAUUAUUAUCUUUUUUUCCUGCCAGGGUAAAAUCUUUAUUGGCGUAAACUGUGAUACAAACGACGCGAAAGUUGCUAAAUUAACUAGCUCCCACUCAGGUGGAAAGAGAACCUACAAGUGCUAUUGCGAAGGUACCCUAACAAGUGGAGAAGCAAAGAUGUAUUGCAACAUGCACUACUGGGAGUGUAGGUCAUAAGAGGAAAAACGGAAAGCCAUUUAACGAACAGGACUCUUUGUAAAGAAGAUAAUACAGUGUUGAAUCAGAAACGAGACGAAGAACAAUUCAGUGGUUUAACGUUAAUUCUAUUUUUCAAAUAUGCCCAGUGAACUAGGUUUUCUUUUAGAGGGCAUUUCAGUUGAGUGUUGUAAAACCAAAAUCAAAGGAAAGUCAAAGGAGCAUAAUCAGGAGGAGGAGUAACAACAGGUUAUCUGCCCUAAGCGUGAGAAAACGCAAUAAACCAAGAUUGCAAUUGGAUUUAGUUUUCAAUCUGACUGAUUUAAAGUAUGGUGUGAGUUUCAGUUCUACACCAAUCAUAUUGCGAAGUACGGCAAAACCAAAGCAAAGUAGCAUUACUUUCCACACUCAGUUGAAAUCACCCUAUUUAGCGAUAUUGUGUUUACUUUACCUGAUGUCGAAGUAACAAUUCAAAAAUAUCUAAAAUUUAAUAGGCUGAGACUUUCCUGUCAUUCAUACUCAUUCAAAGGUGUACAUGUUUUAUUUAAUCAGAAACUCGGUUUCUUUUUCACCACUAACUUUCGCGCCCGUUCUUUUUGCCCUAGCUUUAUUUACCUUCUUACCACUUGGUCAAUACCGCAAAGAAUUAUCUUGAGUCUUUUCCCGUACAAAAUUUGUCCAUCUUUAAACAGGGGCGUAGCCAGGUCUUUUAAAAAGGGCUCACAGCGUCAAACAAAGGGUAUCUAUUAUAACCUAAAACAAUAACGCAUACAAAUGGGGGGAGGGGGGGAGGAGGGGGCAACAGACGACGCGUGACGCGGGUACCUAAGAACCCUAGGGAAAUCCCCCAGCUACGCCCUUGUUAUACCGUGGAAGAAAGUUUUGUAAAACUAAGUGGUCAUGUUACCCAGAAACCUCUCAGUUUUACUACGAACCGUUGCUUUCAUAUACUUAAAUCAGCACUUAUGUUUGUUAUCAAUGCUAAAUAUAGACUUCAGUCCCUUACAAUAGCUUCCAAAAAUAUUUUGUUUCAUAUUGUAUUUUAUACUAAACGGACGAAAAAGAGGUAUUUGGUAGUAUAUCAAGUUAAAAAGGAGUACUAGCAGCCACAAGCGGAUAACAUCUAAAAUCACCGCUACUUAAGCGACUGACAUGUUAUAACUGUCGGAAAUAUGGCUCUCAAAGGAAACUUGAUGUG